AUGCCGGAAUUAGUACAAGUCGCCCGCUUGGUGGGCAGGCUGAGGAAGUACCUUGCUGGCAAGACGUUGAGAGAUGUCACCGCAAUCAAUGAUCCAGUGGUAUUUCAGGAUACAACUGCACAUGAAUUUCUCCACGCAAUGGAGGGGAGAAAGGUACUCGAUGCGAAGUCUUUAGGGAAAUACUUUUGGUCUUUACCAAUUCACCCUUAUUUUGUGUGGAGAUGACUAUUUCUAACAAAUUGAUAGGUUAGAAAUGGACAGACCGCCGCAUCCUGUUAUACACUUAGGUAGCAACUCCUCACCUCCGGGCCAGCUGCAGUGUCUGAGGAUCGGGCUCGGCUAAUUAAAAUAGGACCCGCCGGCUGGAUAUUCUUCAAAAACGAUCCUUUCUCGCAUUACUAUGCACGGGAAAAGCCCGAGUUCACCGUCUGGCCUCCCAGUGGCGAAAUAUUCCAUCUGAAGACCCAUAGCUCCAGGGAUGAAGCCAUGUUCGCUGACCCCCGCCGGCUAGCGCGCCUACGGUUGAUGGACUGCUCUUCCGAAGAUAUCCCUAAGCAGGCUCCAUUAAACGUUUUGGGACCAGAUCCUUUACGGGAAGCGAUUACGACAGAGUGGCUGCGAAAAAGGUUUGACAGGCAUGUCCCGGCACGGGUACUACUAACAAAUCAGGCGCAUAUAGCUGGCCUUGGAAGUUGGAUGAGGUAUGAUCCCUACUCCCCCCACGCAAGUAUCAAACAAUACACAGGUUGCCAAUUGAACAGACGGCUAACCUUCCAAAAGCGAAGAGAUCCUCUACCAAGCCCGAAUCCACCCCGAAUUCCAAGGCCGCAAAUUCAACGACGGCCAAUUCGAGCGCGUCCGGAAGGGCAUAGAAUACGUCGUCAAGACUGCGCACGAAGUCGACUCAGACUUCUCUCAGUUCCCAAGCCAUUGGUUAAAGAGCUUCCGCUUCGACUGGAGAAUCAAGGGCCAAACCGUGGAGAACGGUGAGCAGAUAGCGUACACAAAGCACAUCGUUAAGAGCGCGUACGUCCCAAGCGCGCAGAUCAAGAGCAGGAUAGAGAAGGGGCCGGAUUUGAAGAAGAUCACCCCUACGACGGAGCUGCUGUUUGAGAUGGAGGACCCACCGAGGAAACGGUUCCGCCUCCCGAACGAGCCGUUGAAGCCCAAGCCAAUGGCUAUUUGGGAUGACGGGGACGACAAGAUAUUAGGAGGGACCGUGGAGUCGGACCACAAAGAUAUUUUGGCGCCGUUAAAAGGCAAGAAGCCGCUUACUGCUGGGGACGUGUUCAGGCCAGCGCCAUCGAGGAGGAACCAGACACCGGAAAAGCGAAUUGCGCAGCGGAAUGUGCGGGGGCACUGGAAGCCGCGGACGCACUAGAAUGCCAAAGUGGAAAGAGGUUGAUGGGCGGUGUAUUAUAAAAAUGUGUUUUAUCCAUAGCAUGAGGUUUUUUUUAUAUCUUGAUAGUUUUCCUCUC